AUGAAAACAGCUCUUGAUUCCCUACCUCAAACGAUCGGUGGGCCAGAUACUGCAGAUGUACAGGGCUCAUGCCUGAGAAUGUUUGAAAACUCAAGCCAGCGACUUAUUGUGCAUCAGUCAAUGGCCAUUGAGGAAUACUACCUUGGCAUCACAGGGUUGAACAUGCGAUGGGAAGUCAUUGGAAACAUUCUUAUAUUAGCUGCAGUGACUCUCCUUGACAUUCCUGACACUCGCCAAUUGGACUCUGACCAGAGCCAGGAUAGCUCAGGACUAUGUCUUUUAGGGAAGCUGCUCUCAGCUGCUGAUCGCUGCAAGAAACUUUGUAGUAAAGAAGAUGGAAAUGAGCUCACUAUAUGCUUCUAUUAUAAUUACUGUAUAUUGGCGACCUUACGACAUGACGACUCUGGUGUGAAUCUCUGCCCCUUGGAAAACGUGAGCGAUGCUAAUCAACAUUUAGUGAGAGAACUCUGGAGUAAUGUCAGUGACCUAGCCACCGUGAUAUAUUCAGGUGGCUACAAUUUGGAUCCCAAAGACGGAAGUCCUCUGUUCCUGAGACAAUUACGCCGACGAUGUUUUGCCGCAACUUUCUUUGUCGAUAAAACCGUGGCAACGUUCCUGAAGCGGCCACCCUUAAUCCAAAGUCGCUAUUGCGACCUGACACCUCCUUUUGACUUCGACGAAGAUGAGAUGGCUAAGGAUGAUUUUUUUAUCGGUCCUACUGCACAACCUGUGGAUCAGAAUGGCUGGGCCAUGGAUCGUGGAAAGUUGAGACCGAUCACAUUCAUCCGAUUCCGUUUUAUUCUGGCCAUUAUCCGAGAACAAGCUCUGGAAGUGGUAUUGACUAUAGAUAAGCAGAACCUCGCAGAACAGGCAGCUCGCGUUCUACAGGAAGCAGAGACCACAUGGAAUGCUCGCCCAGCUUCCAUGCAUUACAGCUCGACUCUAUGGGACCAAGGCCGUGACCAUGAGGAAGUAUGGUCUUUGAUGCUACUCCAUCUGGAUUACUGGUAUUCAAUUUUCCUUAUUUAUAUGACUGUUGUGCAGCACACCUCGACCAAGCCACCAGCCAUUUAUAGCACGGCAAUGGAGCUCCUGUCAACGGUCCUGAUUAUUAAUCGGCAGCGAAUCCGAGUUUCUGGCCUAAGGACUGAUCUCUCUUGGGCGUUCCUCUUUUACGGACUCCCAAGUGCAGAGCUUCUAGCUCACGAGCUUCUUCGGGAAUCACGAAAUCCCUCCUCGCAAAACGCCCAACUGCCUCAUUCGGAGCUCAUCAGGAACCUCAGUGUAUUCAUGUCCUGCCUUGACUGGGUGGCAAUGCCGGCGCAUCGCAACCAUGGGCUCUGCAAACAAGCCGCAAUAAAACUCGAAGGGAUCCUCGACCAGACGCUAAAUCCUCGCUUUCAACAACAGCAACUUGCACAGUCAAUCUUGACUGCUGAUGGUUUUGGCGGCGAUGGAGUGAGUAAUCUCGACUUUUCAUUUGACUGGUGUCAGUUUUCCAAUUGGGAUCCGGCGCCAGGAUUAUCCGCUCUGUACAAUAUUUCGGGUUAG